AUGGUGUAUAGUUAUUUUCAUAGGAGGAAGAAGGUUUUAAAUACAGGCAGCAAUGUGACUGCGCUUUCCCUGCCAGCUGCAUUGGCACCAGCUGCCGCCUGUGCCAGCUGUCACAGGUGGCCGCCUCUCGGAGCAGAUGCCUGCCUAAGGUUUUUUGGCGGCGCCGCGGAGUGGUGUCUGGGACGACGGGCACACCAACAAACACACAACACAGAUUGCAUAGUCGACCGCUAUUUCUGCGACAUGCUCGAGCCCGCCCUCUCUAUAUAAAGACUGCACCAACCUGUGCCCUGCCGUGUGUUGCAUUGCUCAAACGCACAGUCUUCGUUUGUUCGCCGCCAUGUUUCGCUCCUAGACCGGCGUGCAUUGGCCCGACUCGCAUUAACCGCGGCCCAUAAGGUGUUGCCACAAGCCAUUCAUUCCCCCUGCUACAACAAAGCGACGCUGAGUGGCUUCAGACUCUUGGGCUUCAGGUAUAGCAAAAUGGUGGCGCCUUGUCUUACCACAGGAGGAUGGAAAGUAACGCACUAUAGUGGUGCCAUUCGAGUUGGCAAACCGCCGCCAAGCGCUGUGCGAGAGCACAGUGAGUUUUGCCAGCGGGGUAUCGAGACGAGAUAAAGCAAUGCCAGAAUUGCAAGCGAUGACGCAGCGCCAGAGUUUAAUGCAAACAGCCUUUCAUUUUUGAGGCAAUGAGACUAUCUACAUCGGCUACUUCAAUUGACCGCAGCUCAGUUCUUGGCUUCCUUUCUCCAUGGACAAUAUCCGCUGAAUCACCAAGACGGCGGACUUUCCAAGCAGGUCCGGGGUCGGUGUGGGGGCUUCUCCAAUAUCUGAAUGGGGUCAAGACUUGCGCGUGGUUGCCAUGUUACUGCUCAACUAUUCGUACUAGCGGCGGAGCCUUGGUCAGCCUCUUUAUCUUUUUUGGUAGUGGGAGACGAGCAUUUUCAGCGCUAAGCUAGUUAAGGUACGGUCUACUGAAGCCUUGCGCCGCUAGUAAAACCAGACCUUGUCGGGCAAUGUGGCGUGGGGAUUGAUAUACCCAUACAUCGCGACGGCUGGUUGGGUAGAGGUGGUUUUUUGGGCUGGGAACCAGCGCUAUUGAAACUGGAUGAGCAACAUGUCUACGUCAUGCACCAAAUCACCAAACAUGAACUUAACACUUCAUAGGCGGAGAGACACUUAAUGCCAGCGAUUGGUGGUGGGCACUGCUGGGCGCCAUUCCGUUGGCAUCUCGCGGUGCAUUCCAGUCACGCCGCCGCGAUGCCAUACAAAGCUCUUUAUGCGGCCACAACACCUGCCACGAUCGUAAUCACGAUCUGAAAAUAUACUAUUCAAAUCUUCACGUUUAUACCAUGGUUCAAUUGGCUAUUUCGUUAUUGAGAGUUCUUCAAACCGCGUUAGCUGUGGCUAACUUGGCGCUGGCAGCAUCUGUAUAUCAGAACUAUUUGUCGAACGAGCAUGUAGCGUCGCCCGGAGCGCUCGCCUUCCUCAUCUUUGCGCCGGUCGUCUCGAUCUUAUCCAUUAUAUAUCUUGAGCUGUCUCGAGCGCGUGCUGUACCAUCACAUCAGCUCAUCUGCCUCGGCCUUGAAGCUCUCAAUGCGAUUUUCUACUUUGCAGGAUUUAUUGCAUACGCCUUAUUCCUCACAUAUCUGUCGACCUGCGAAGGUGCGGCGUGUACCAUGGCCCGGGCGGCAGCCGUCAUCGCAGCCGCCGAAUUCAGCACUUGGAUCACGUCGACCGUCAUUGCGGUAAAAGAUUGGUUCGAGUCGGAGUCUACAAAAGGCGCAGUGCUCGAUGCCCAGAUGCAGCACGCGUAGAGUGCCCCGAUUGAGGCCGUCUCCGAAUCACUCUACACCACAGCGGACGAUUUUGGUACCUGGAUCGCAACCCACGAUGUUUAAGCGAAUCUUGGUUUAUUUUUAAACUGUACAAUACCCUCUACAAAUAAUUUCUACAAUAUUUGAUACAUAUAUAUUUCGCAUCUGUUUCAACUGUAUAGCGCC